AUGGCAAGAUCCAUUUCUCAGGGGUUAUUUUUACUUGUUCUUUGCAUUCUGCUGCAAGAUCAUAUCCAAGCACUCAAACAGUCCUAUAUUGUAUACUUAGGAUCACAUUCUUUUGGUCAAAAUCCUUCUUCAGUUGAUCAAGAAUCUGUCACAAACUCUCACUAUGAUUUUCUUGGAUCUUACAUGGGAAGCAUCGAUCUGGCCAAGGAAGCAAUCUUUUAUUCUUAUAAUAAACAUAUUAAUGGCUUUGCUGCAUUACUUGAUGAAGAUGAAGCAGCAAAUGUUGCAAGUGUUUGGCCUGAAUCCCAUAGUUUUAGUGAUGAAGGGUUUGGACCCAUCCCAAAAAGGUGGCGUGGAAAGUGUCAAACGGAAGAUAAUUUUAGCUGCAACAGGAAGCUUAUUGGAGCAAGAUAUUAUUUCAAAGGAUAUGAGUCAAGUGUUGGUCAAAAACUGAAUGAGACGCUUAGUGCACGGGACUAUGAAGGGCAUGGUUCACAUACUUUAUCAACAGCUGGUGGUAGCUUUGUUCCUGGAGCCAGUGUUUUUGGCAAGGGAAAUGGAACAGCAAGUGGUGGAUCACCAAAAGCUCGAGUUGCAGCGUACAAGGCGUGCUGGAGCAAAGGAUGUUUUGAUGCAGAUAUUUUGGCUGCUUUUGAGGAUGCCAUAAGUGAUGGUGUAGAUGUGAUUACCAUGUCUUUGGGGUCAGAUGAUCCACCCGAAUUUUUCGAAAGUGCUAUAUCCGUAGGGUCCUUCCAUGCAGUUGCCCUCGGCAUAACAGUGGUGGCUUCCGGAGGAAAUUCAGGACCUACGCUUGGAUCUGUUUCCAACAAUGAACCAUGGAUUUUCACAGUUGGAGCAAGCACAAUUGACAGAAACUUCGUUAGUUAUGUUACACUUGGUAACAAGAAAAUCUUCAAGGGAGCUAGCCUUUCACAAUAUGGCUCACCAUCUAAUAAGAAGUACCCAUUGAUUAGUGGUCUUGAAGCAAAAGCUUGGUCUGCAUCUUCAUUUCACGCCCCUUAUUGCCUGAAUGGAUCUCUUGAUGCCGAGAAGGUGAAAGGGAAGAUAUUGUUUUGUGUUCGUGGCGUAAAUGGUAGAAUAGAGAAGGGUGUGAUAGCUGCAAGCGUUGGCGCGGUUGGAAUGAUUCUAGCUAAUGACAUGGACUCAGGGAAUGAAAUUAUAUCCGACCCCCAUGUGCUUCCUGCAUCACUGGUUGACUAUGAGAGUGGCAACUACAUUUAUAGUUACAUCAACCGCACCAAGUAA